AUGGCCGUCUCCCUAGAUGUCGGGCCAACUAUCACAGUCCACGGGGACGCCAGUACUUCUCGACGGUCGGGACGAGUCCGAAAACCGACCGCAAAGGUCAGAGUGGUUGAGCAAGUCAGCUACCAGGACAAUGCUGAGCUUAAAGAUGAGAUCAACAAGCUCUCAAAUCUUGUCCAGGACCUCCUACGACGGGACGCUGAGAGGGAACAAUUCCUAAAAGACUGCUUGAAGAAGAUCGAAUCCUUGGAAAGAGAGCUUCAGGAGGAGAAGCAGCAGUCAGACCGGCACCAACGGGGUCUAGCAAGGUCUAUGCAUGCUGUUAGCACAGGACCCAGCGAGUCCGCCCUGAGUCUCCAAGGGCAUCCCUUACACACAGCCCAGAACCAGCCGACCCCAGUUCGUUCCUACGCGGCGGUGGCGAGCCAGCCACUAAACAGAAAACAGGACAAACCGAAGCUAACAAAACAAGCUGCAAAACAAGCCCGAAACCAGGCGGCCUCGAAAGACCUGCGCGUCUUCGCGCGUCUGCCACCUGACAACCCGCUUCGUAACGAGAGGGCCUACGACAUAUACGCCUUCGUUCGAGAAAAGCUGAGUCCCCAAGCUCGAGAAGCCCUCAAGGGGAUCGACCAUGUAAAGACAGGAUUAGCACUCCUACCUUCAUCAGCGGAUGGCGCAAAAGCCCUGCUGGAGAACAGAGAACAGAUUGCUGCCCUUCUCCAGGCGCAGGCGGUCGAGCAGCGCGAUACCUGGAUCCGAGCCUAUAUCGCAAAUGUCCCUUGUACUAGGCAUUGUUUGAUAACUAACACCGAGCUGGAGAUCACGACCGAGGAGCUCCUUGAAGAGAUACAGAUUGUGACAAAACUCAAGCCUGAAAAAGCAUACUUUUCCAGAAAAGACGAAGUCGAAAAGCUGGGGCGGACGCCGUAA